CCCAGACAGUCGGAACAACAGAAUUAUAAAUUUUAAAACAGAAAGAUUCGACCAGAUCUUACAUGAAAUACUAAUUUUUUGUAAUUUUGAGAUCUUGAGAUGGAAAUCCACAUUUAAAAUCGUGCUAGGAAAGAAGUUAUACGAAAUACGAAAUAUAGUUUUCAAAUCGUGAAUAAGACAUCUUCCGUCAGGAUUGUGUACCGCCCCUCCUCUUUGCUAGAUGCAGUCUACGAUUAUCUUCAGUUUUAUAUGGAGAUUCAAAUUUGGCGCCAGUUUCCUUCACAACUGAUUUCGUUCAAAUAAUAUAAAUAUAAUAAAUAUUUAGAAGUAAAAGUGUAUAAGACCACGUCCAAUAUUAUAGGCAAUAUCGUGAAGCAUUAUGACUCGAUAAUUAUUUCCAUCGAGCCUGUGACCCUUUUCCAUACUUUAUCAUCCUGAUUACUUGGUGCAUUGUUUCAUACUGCCGAUCACUUUCGUCCUUCUCAGCGGACGUACCGUUCUUCAGCAUAUUUUUUGUCCAAACAAAUCUUUUACCACCAAAGUUCAAUUCUGCUACAUACCUUGGGAGUUCAUUGAUAUUAAAGUCCUUUCUAAAAUCUAAAACAUUGCAAUAGAUUAAAUCAAUCACUCAAGGCGGUUGAAAAUCAGCCAUAAUAAUAGCUUUUGCUUUAAUUAAAACCAAAAAUUAAUCAUCAAUUUCCUGAUAAGCAUCGAUAUAAAAGCUAACCCCAAUCGUAGUUGUAGUCAGUACACAAGUUAGCAGUAGCUAGAACAACCAACCGAAAAAUCAACCAAUCGUAAAAAUGAAGGUCAUCAUUGCCCUACUUGUCGCAAUUGCAGCUGUUUCUGCUGAACCUUGGAACGGUUGGAACAACGGCUGGAAUAGCGGGUGGAAUAAUGGAUGGAACAAUGGCUGGAACAAUGGCUGGAACAACGGCCUGAAAGGCUGGAAUGGAUGGAACAGCUGGAACGACUGGAGCGCAUACCCGACUUAUGCCAAAUCAUGGACUGGUGCUGGUUGGCCAGUGUCAUCGGGAUUGUACGGACAUAAAACCGUUGUUCAGGCUAAUGUCGCCAGAAUUAACCCGUGGGGAUUGCCGUGGGGAACCUAUGGAGCUGGAUCGUACGGCUGGGAGAAGAACGGACACUGGGCAGCAGCACCGGUCGUUGCGAGCACACCGCUGAUUGCUUCUAACGUCAUUUGAAGAUGCUAAAAUACGUGCUUGAAUAGUACCUUGUGCCUGGAAGACGU